AUGGGUGAGCGCAUCUCCUCCUCCGAGCUAGAACUCGCUAUUAAUUCCAUCAAUUUGCAUUCUAGCCCUGGCUUAGAUCAAAUUGAUUUUAAAAUGAUCUCCGCACUCCCUUCUAAGGCUCGUACUCUUUUAUUACAGAUAUAUAAUGAUAUUCUUUCUUCUGGUAAUUUACCCAGAACUUGGACACAAUCUAUUGUUAUACUCAUUCCUAAAUCUUCGGGCACGGGCCUUCGACCUAUCGCCAUCUCGUCAUGCUUUUCACGCUUAUUUGAAAAAUGUCUCUCUAAUCGGCUAAACUGGUUUUUGGAAUCCAAUAAUAUUAUUCCUAGUCAACAAUUUGGAUUUCGUAAUGCUAAGUCAUGUUCGGACUGUCUCCUGUAUUUGUCAAACUCUGCUCGUGCUGGAUUCAUACGCAAUAAGCAUACAGUCGCAUCAAUGCUUGACAUCACGUCCGCAUUCGACAACGUCAUCCCGGAAAUUCUCGUACGAGAUCUCGUAUCCUUAUCCAUACCAUAUAAUAUUACUCGUUUUAUAUCUAAUGCGCUUUCUCUGCGUGAAAUAUUCUUCGUACAUAACGGCUCAUUAACCAGUCCUUUUUAUGCCUUCAAAGGAACUCCUCAGGGCUCAAUCUUAAGCCCUAUGCUUUUUAAUGUUUACGUCAGGGAAUUGCCUUCUGUUCUUGACCCUGAUUCUAAAAUGAUACAAUAUGCGGAUGAUAUUCUAAUUUUUUCCUCCCAUACUGACGUCAACAAGGCUCUUGCGUCAGUUAGCAAAUCAAUUCAUAACUUAUACUCUGCCCUCCUCGCUAAGGGACUAGACUUAGAACCUGCCAAAUCCAAAUUUAUUAUUUUUACGAAAAACAAACGCAUCCGCUCUUCUUCUUACUCCCUUUCCCUCAACGGUAUAUCCAUUCCCAGAACCAAAGAAUGUAAAUUCCUCGGUAUCUUUUUUGAAGAAACCCUUAAUGGCUCAUCUCAUAUCAAUAACACCAUUAGCAAAGUGCGUGUUCUGGUCAAUGUUCUCUCCUCUCUGGCGGGAACAUGGUGGAGGUCCCACCCCCGACUAUUGCUACAAAUAUACAGAGCCGUCAUACGUAGCGUUGUGGAAUAUGGACAUCUUAUCUACAAAUCUCACCGCAACCUAUCCAUUACUCUCACCCUGCAAAGACUACAAUACAGAGCUCUCCGUACUGCCAUGGGUUUCCGCUUAUCUACCCCAAUAAACGUUAUGCUGCAUUUGGCCAAAGAGCCUCCCCUCGGAGCUCGUCUUAACUAUCUCUCUGCCAAAUUUAUAUGCAAAAAUCUUUCCUUGGCUCCCAACUCGGUCCUCGCUUCUGCAAAACUCAUUGAGGAGUUCACCACAUCCAAGAACAAGAAGAUCCUCGCAUUAAAACAAAUCCCUUCUUUUAAAAAUUAUAUUUUAUUCCGAAAUUACCUACCUGACAUCCACUGUACCCCGCGUCCCCAUAUCUUCUGUCUUCCUUUUCCGGUGACUCACAGCCGCCCUAGCAUCUUUUUCCUGAAUAAAAAGUCCCUCCUCUCGGAACCAGACAUCAACCACGCCUUUCUGACAGCCACUAACACUCAACGCUCUAACGCCAUAUCCUACUACACCGAUGGCUCGAAGCUUGACAAGUCAUCUUCUGUGGGAGCUUCCGUGUUUUCGCCCGAACUGGAUCUCAGCAUAGUGCACCGCCUUCCGUCUGAAACCACUAACUUUUCUGCAGAGGCUUGGGCCAUCUUAUUAUCUCUACAAUACUCCUUCAAUUAUCGCAUCGACAAGACUGCCGUUUUCUCCGACGCUAGAAGUGUAAUCGAGGCAAUACGAGGAUGGAGAACCUCGCACGAAAAUUAUCUCAUCAAUGAAAUUAGAACCCUGGCGUGGAAACUGCUGGAACAGGGCUUGGACGUCUCUAUUACCUGGGUCCCCGCGCAUGUCGGCAUCACGGGCAACGAGAUUGCGGAUAGACUGGCCAGGCUGGCCGUUACCCAUGGUUCUUCUCCGCCUUUUAAAAUCCCCUGUUCUGAUCUUUUUACUAUUGCAAAGGCCACUAUGAAGAGCACCACCUUGGCAUAUCAUCGCGCAUCCUCUCCUAACAAAGGCUCCCUCUAUUAUAAAUAUCAAUGCAAAUAUGACAAUGAGUGGGAAUCUCCCCACCCGUGGUUUAAAAAUCUCCACGUCACCAGAGCUGAGUUGGUCUUGGCCAAUCGCAUCAUGUCUAAUCAUUAUAAUCUUAACGCCAGUCUUUUUCGAAAAAAUAUCGUUUCCUCUCCUUCCUGCACUUGUGGGUAUGAUUCACAAGACAUCAACCACAUUGUCUUCAAUUGCCCUGACAACAGAAAUAAAAGCUCCUUCCUAUUAAAUUACAUUAAACGCCAAUAUCCUACCUCCCCUAACGACUUACACAACAUUAUGAGAAAUCCUACCGCAAAAUUAUGCCGCCUAACUCUUGCUUUCAUCAAAUCCUCCAACCUUCACAUUUAA